GCCCUCUUCUCCCUUUGGUCCAUAGCUUUCCCUCAAGGCUCCUGCUUUAACCUGUAGCUUCCCUGCUCUUAUUUUUGCUUGAGAUCGUGUCUUCUUUCUGGUUUGUUGCUUCAAGUUCCUCAAACCCAUCUUGAAAUCUUGCUGUUUUUGGGUUUUCUUGACCUCAAAUCUCCGAAAGGUCCAGUCUUUAUUAUGCUGGUUUGGGGUUUUUGAGGCUUUUCAAGUACCCAGUUCUUCUCAGGGUUUGGUUUGUUUAGGCUUUCAAGAAAUUUAUCUUGAUGCUUAACCUCUUGUUCUUGAUGUUUGAGAUUCAUGUCUCCAACUCUGAGUGAACUCCUUCUAUCCGAGUGUAUGAUAAAUUCCACAUAUAGGCGCAGGACCCAUUUAGUUCAGUCGUUCUCUGUUGUCUUCCUUUACUGGCUUUACUACGUUUCAUGAUUUCAGGCCCCAAAUUCUGAUAAUAAGGCCCAACAAUCUAUAUUAUAGCUAUUAUCUACUAUUUUCUCUGCAAUAUUUAAGUUUAUUCUGCUUUUGCCUAAUUAUCUCUCUGAGUUACUCUUCAUUACUGUCGAAAUCUGCAAAAGAACAGUUUCUGGGUUUCCAAUGGCUUCUUCUAGUGGAACAUCCUCUGUUUCCUCCAUGAUUCAAAACUCUGGCUCUGAAGAAGACUUGCAGGCUCUGAUGGAUCAGAGAAAAAGGAAGAGAAUGCUGUCGAACAGGGAGUCUGCAAGAAGGUCUAGGAUGAGGAAACAGAAGCACUUGGAUGAUCUUACGGCGCAGAUGGCUCAGCUGAGGAAGGAGAACCACCAGAUCGUCAGCAGCCUCAACAUCACAAGCCAGCAUUACAUGAACAUUGAGGCAGAAAACUCUGUGCUCAGAGCCCAAGCGGCUGAGCUCAGCAACAGGCUGCAGUCUCUGAAUGAGAUCAUCACUUUCCUGAAUGCAAAUAAUGGUGGUUGUGUUGAGGAUUCAAGCAACAACAACAACUUCACUGAGCCUAGUGCUGAUUGCUUCUUUAACCCUCUGAAUUUUUCAUAUCUGAACCAGCCCAUCAUGGCUUCAGCAGAGAUGUUUCAGUACUGAUCUUUAGGGGAUCAAUUCUUUGGAUUCUGGGUUUAGGAAAAGGGACAGAGAGAGCCAGAGAGGUGUACUUUGAUUUCAACUAAAUUAGUCUAAGGUGGGAGGAAUCUCACUGUUAAUUAGAUGGUGUUAAGGAAUAAUUUAAUGUGCAAAAAACAAUGAGUUUGUGGUAUUGUCACUAUUGUGUUCUUGGUUUGUAAAAUAUGGGAGCUAUUAUAAUAGCUAAUGUAGCUGUAUUUGUUAUAAUAAUAUGGACUAAGUAGUUCUCUUCAACUU